AUGUCCCGAGCAGAUACCAUGCUGAAGAUGGGAUUCCAGCAACAGGUCCCUGAAGAGCAUCAGACACUGUUGACUUCAGCCACCAUUCCCACAGGAACAGAACAGCUAGCGGCCCGUCUCACCCGUGACCCUGUGAGCAUUACCAUCGGGCAGAAGAACCAACCCUGCGCCAACGUCCGUCAGAUAGUCCUCUGGGUGGAGGAGCCGUCAAAGAAAAAGAAGCUCUUUGAGAUUUUAAAUGACAGAAAGCUUUACCAGCCACCAGUAGUUGUGUUCGUGGACUGCAAACUUGGGGCUGAUUUGCUGUGUGAAGCUGUGCAAAAGGUCAUGGGAUUGAACGCAGUCGCGAUCCACUCGGACAAGCUGCAGUGGGAACGCAACAAAAUUGUAAAGGGUCUUCUCGAGGGCCAGUUUGAAGUGGUGGUCAGCACUGGGAUUCUCGGUAGAGGACUGGACCUGGUCAAUGUGAAGCUGGUAGUGAACUUUGACAUGCCAGCUAACAUGGAUGAGUAUGUUCAUCAGAUUGGUUGAGCGGGUCGGCUGGGCCACAGAGGCACCGCCAUCACGUUCAUGGAUAACAACAACAAGUGGCUGUUUCUGGACAUUGUGAACCGAGUGAAACCCACGGGCUCCAUCCUGCCGCCACAGCUCCUCGACUCGCCACAUCUGCACGAACAGCAGAGGAGAGCCAGACAGAGGAGCAGCCGUGCAGAAGACAUCCUCGUAUCCAAGAGCAACCUCAUCGACAUCAUCAGGAAGCAUGACAGACCAUCUGCCAACAAAUAA